CCAGAGACUGAGUGAAAGCCAUUUAAAACCAUAGUUGAAUAAUUAUGUUGUAUUGUAUAUGAGCUAUGUUUUAUCAUCAUUUUAAAUAAAGCAUUGUGAUAGAGCUUUGAAUUUAACCAUGGCUGCAAUAGGAAUUGAUUUGGGAACAACAAAUUCUUGUGUUGCUGUUUACCGAAACAAACGAGUCGAAAUCAUAGCAAAUGAUCAAGGCAGUCGAAUAACACCUUCAUGGGUUUCAUUCACGGACUCACAAAAAUUGGUCGGAGAAGCAGCGAAAGAGGAAGCAUCAAUGAAUUGUGAAAACACCCUAUUCCAGAUAAAACGUUUAAUUGGCCGCAAAUUUAACGAUCCCACUGUGCAAAAGGAUAUGAAACGAUGGGGAUUCGAAAUCGUAAAAGAUGGUGACAGACCAAAAUUGCAGGUAACUUAUAAAGAAGAAGUUAAAACAUUUUUUCCAGAAGAAAUAAGCGCCAUGAUUCUGGCUGAGUUAAAGGAGGCUGCUGAAGCAUACAUGGGAGGCAAAAUUACUGACGCUGUCAUCACGGUCCCAGCUUAUUUUAACGACGCCCAGAGAACAGCUACUAGAGAUGCAGGUAGAAUUGCUGGCUUGAAUGUUUUAUCAAUGAUCAAUGAACCAACUGCAGCUGCAAUUGCGUACGGCCUGGACAACAAAAGCAAUGACGAACGGACCGUGUUGAUCUUUGAUCUUGGAGGGGGAACAUUCGAUGUAACUAUCGCAACAAUCGAAGAACAAAUAUUUGAUGUCAAAGCAACUGGUGGGAACACUCAUCUAGGGGGUGAAGAUUUUGAUAAUCGAAUGGUCGAUCAUUUUAUCAAAGAAUUUAGUGUAAAACAUGGAGUUGAUAUGUCAAGCAACAAACGAGCUGUUAGUCGAUUGAGGGUGGCGUGUGAAGCAGCAAAGCGAAAACUUUCUGUGUCUACCAAUGCAAAAGUUCAGCUUGACGGACUGUUCAUGGGAUUAGACUUCAAGAGCAACAUCAGUCAAGCAAAAUUUGAGGCCAUGAAUGCGGAUCUUUUUGACAGCACUCUCGAUACAGUUAAAAAUGUUCUUUCUGAUGCAAAAAUGAACAAAAAACAGAUUGAUGAUAUCGUCCUUGUAGGAGGGUCAACUCGGAUUCCAAAAAUUCGGCAACUUUUACAAGAUUUCUUCGAAGGGAAAGAGAUAUGCAGAACAAUAAACCCAGACGAAGCUGUAGCAUAUGGAGCUGCAGCAUUAGCUGAAAACAUUAGAUCCGGAGGGUCUGAAACGAAAGAGCGUUUCCAGCUAAUGGAUGUAACUCCGCUCUCGGUUGGAACCGACGUUCGAGAGACAGAUAUGUUUAUCGUUAUUCCGAGAAAUACAAAAAUUCCGACAAGAAAAACGGAAUCUUUCAUAACUUCUAGCGACAAUCAAACGGCACUAAAUUUUAAGGUGUAUGAAGGUGAACGACCUUGCAUUCACGAUAAUCAUCAUCUUGGAACAUUUGUUCUUAGAGGAAUUCCACCUGCGCCGAAAGGAGUGGCGAGUGUUCAAUCAGUUUUUGAAAUCGACAGAUCCGGCAUCCUGACCGUAACAGCCUAUGACCCAAUUUCAGGCAGCGAAAACAAAAUAAAAAUCACUAAUGACGAGAAACAAAUGGCAAAGAAUGAAAUUGAUAAAAUGGUGCUGUGAAGGAAGGAAUGAUCCGUCAUCAAGUCUACAGCACUUCUAGAUUGAAAAAAAUGAAUGAAUGUAAUGAAUAGAAGAAACAAAUGAAAAGAGUAGUAAUAGUACAUGGCAAUAGAACAUGGCAUUACAAUAAGAAAUUGUGUUUUUUACUAUGAUCUCGUACCACCGACAAAACUCCCUUCUCGGGUUGGGACCUAUGGCAAAUAUAACUCGCUAUAGGAGUAUUUAAUAUGGCACUACAUCCAUUUUAGACCUCCGUGUAAAGGUUCAACGUAUUAAUAUUAUGUAGUAAUAACGUAUUAAUUGCGUGCAAAAUCGCGAGAGCAUUUGCGCUGUCUGCCAUCAGAGCUGAAAGGCUUUAACCGUUGUUUAGUUUUAGGUGGGAAAUGGCGGUCGAGGGCGAUCUCAAGACAAUUACUGGUAGCGCUAUAAACCCAUUCAGCGAAUACAUACAAUAUGGAAGAUGAAGCGUUGUCGCCAUAUUUGGCCAACUCAAAAGUUAAUUGUUGCAAUGAUUCAAAGCUGCUCGCUGUGGUUCGCGUACCACAGAUUGAGAACCACUGCCGUAUAGACACCGUCUUGACGUUCAUAAAUUCAACAAUGAAAUUCCGUGAUUUUAACAAACAUGAAUACCGACAUCGGGUUUAGGAAAAGGACUAUUCCCAGUUGAAAUAGUUUAAAAAUAAAUCAAAAUUGUUCUGCUGAUAAAUACAAAUAUCUACCAAUGGUUUAGUAGUGUACGCUAAAAUUGUUCUGCGGGCCGCACGGAAUGUGUCGGGGGGCCGCAGUUUG